CCUAUUGAGAGAAAGUUCGCAAUGAGUUCCAAGUCUCGACGUCGGACUCGCUCCAGGUCCAGAAGUCGGAGCCGAGAUCGGCCGAACAAGUCAAGAGGAAACAAGUCUAGAUCUCCAGAUGAGAGGAGAGACCGCAGUCGGUCUGCCGACAGGAAAAGGCCCGCUCGUGGUAGGGGAAGAUCCGGCAGUCGGGACUCCAGCGAUGGCUCUCCGGCCCGACGUCGGCCUCAGCACAGGGGCCGCUCUGGUUCCAGCAGCGGCUCGGAGAGCGACCGGAGGCGCGAGACUCAGAGUCAGAGGAACAGGUCGAAGGGUCGGUCAUCAAGUCCUGAUUCAGAUAAUACCAAAAUGAGAAGGAGGAGAAAGGAACAGGAGAGUCAUAGAACAACAUCCCGAGAGAGGAGAAAGGGAAGAUCCCAGUCCAGUUCUGACUCCCAUGAUGGAAGCGGCGACAGAGAAAGGAGAAGAAGAAGGAGUCCUGAGAGAGGGAGUCCACUGAGAGACAGACAGAGGAGGGAGUGGGACAGAGAGAAAGAGAGGCACAAGAACAGCGGCAGAGACAGCGACAAAAGUCGAGAGCGAAGGAAGAAAAGUGAAGACAGGGAGCGCGGGAGGAGUAAGAGAAGCCAAGAGAAGUCUGACCGGGGCAGAGGCAAGCAGCGCUUCAGUUCGAGUGAGUCAUCUGAGAGCUCAGAGUCUGAUUGCGAGAGAGGCGCACUCAAGGAAAAGGAGGAGAGGAAAAAACAGAAGGAGAUGAUGAAAGCUCUUGAGACACCAGAGGAGAAGAGGGCCAGAAGGUUGGCAAAGAAGGAAGCAAAGGAGAAGAAACGGAGAGAGAAGAUGGGCUGGAGUGAGGAGUACCUGGGAUACACCAAUGCAGACAAUCCUUUUGGGGACAACAACUUAUUGGGGACAUUUAAAUGGCAAAAGGCGUUAGAUAAGAAAGGUAUCGGUCAUCUCGGAGAGAAAGAGCUCAAAGAAAGGAACAAAUGUAUUCAGGAGGAGAACCGUAGAGAGCUGCAGAAGGUGAAGCAGCUGCGUCUGGAGCGGGAGCGAGAGAAGGCCAUGAGAGAGCAGGAGCUGGAAAUGCUGCAGAGAGAGAAAGAGGCAGAAUAUUUCAAGACCUGGGCUGAACAGGAAGACAACUUCCAUCUGCAUCAGGCCAAACUAAGGUCUAAGAUCAGAAUUCGUGACGGCCGUGCGAAGCCGAUCGACCUUUUGGCGAAGUACAUCAGUGCAGAAGAUGAUGAUUUGGCAGUGGAAAUGCACGAACCAUACACGUUCCUCAAUGGGCUCACGGUCACUGACAUGGAUGACUUGCUAGAGGACAUAAAGGUGUACAUGGAGUUGGAACAGGGCAAGAACGUGGACUUCUGGAGAGAUAUGACCACCAUCACUGAGGAUGAGAUCAGCAAACUGAGAAAACUGGAGGCUUCUGGAAAAGGGCCUGGUGAUCGUCGUGAGGGCAUCAAUACAGCUGUGAGCACAGAUGUUCAGUCUGUGUUCAAAGGAAAGACAUACAGUCAGCUGCAAGCACUGCACCAAAACAUUGAGGCAAAGAUUCGGGCUGGAGGAUCCAAUCUUGAUAUCGGUUAUUGGGAGAGUCUGUUGCAGCAGGUCAAAGUCUACAUGGCCAGAGCAAGGCUGAGAGAACGACACCAGGAGGUGUUGCGCCAGAAGUUGUUCAAGCUGAAACAGGAACAGGGAGUAGAGAGUGAACCUUUGUUUCCCAUCAUCAAAGAGGAGCCUAGGAGUGAGGAAGAUGAUGAGAGAGGAGGGCAAACUAGAGAGAAAAAGAGAAACACUGAAACAGAGCCAGAGGAGGGUCCAUCCACAUCUACAGCAGGAAGCCAAGAUGAGGAAGGAGGAGAAAAGGGUGACAAGAAGGAUGGAGAGGAAAAGGAUGAGGUGGUGGAGGCUGUUCUGACGGAGGAGGACCUGAUCCAGCAGAGCCAAGCGGAGUACGACUCGGGUCGCUACAGCCCCACGUUGCUCAUGCAGUCUGAGCUGCCGCUGGACACCCACACGAUCACCCCAGAGGAAGAUGCACACCGACUGCAGUUAGCACGCAGACAGCUCCAAGUCACAGGUGAUGCCAGCGAAAGUGCAGAGGACGCCUUUGUGCGACGGGCCAAGGAAGGCAUGGGCAACGAUGAGGCCCAGUUCAGCGUUGAGUUUCCGGUCACUGGGAAAAUGUACCUGUGGGCAGACAAAUACCGCCCCAGGAAACCACGGUUCUUCAACAGGGUCCACACAGGCUUCGAGUGGAACAAGUACAACCAGACACAUUACGACUUCGACAACCCUCCCCCUAAGAUAGUCCAAGGUUACAAGUUCAACAUCUUCUACCCAGACUUGAUCGACAAGCGAUCCACACCUCAGUACUUCCUUGAGCCCAGUCCCGACAACAAGGACUUUGGGAUUUUAAGGUUCCACGCGGGCCCGCCGUACGAGGACAUUGCUUUUAAGAUCGUAAACAGGGAGUGGGAGUACUCGCACCGACACGGCUUUCGCUGUCAGUUCGCCAAUGGGAUCUUCCAGCUUUGGUUCCACUUCAAGAGGUAUCGCUACAGGAGAUAAAUGCCACAGAUCAGUACAGACCAAAGCUGCCAGUGACUGGGUUUUACACAUGCUGUACAGUAAAGGUGCUUUGUUGUUUUUGUUUUAGCUGCUCUCUUAGAAAAGCAGUGUUAAAGCUUCAAAUGACUGUGUACUGAUGUCUAAGAAAGCAAAACUGUAAUUUAGUCAAGACGUUACACAUUAAAGAUUUUUUUCCUUCUCCUUUU